AUGGCUUCGCCUUCGCUGCAGCUCCCUGCACUCAACCAGCCAUUGGGCACUCCCGCAGCCGAAUGGGCUCAGGAAACAGUCCAAGCGAUUGAUCCGAAUGUUUCCACUGGUGUUGUCACAGACUCGAGUGGAAAUCCUACCACAAACCACGCCAAAAGCGCUCUGGAAGGCACCCCAGGCCUCGGUGUCCACUCAAACAAGACGCCUGCUGAACUCCUCAUGCAGCGCUCUACGAUCCAGCCCCCAGUCAGCGGUGAACCCAUCACACGUGACGCGAGGACUCUGGAGAACACAAAGGUCCACACAGAGCCCAAGCCCCAGUGUAUACCGAUGCACAAGGCAACCCGACGACUAACCCCAACGAAAGCGCGCUCGCGGGUACUCCUGGAGCUGUCGAGCCACUUCCUUCUGCUGUCAACAAGAGCCUUCCUCCCACCCCGGCCCCUCAACUCCCCGGAGGCUGGAUUCGAGGCCCAGCAUUCCCUGGUUAUUCCUGAAACCUCGCUCUACGAAGAUGUAUCAGAGGCACUCGGAACUGUCGGAAGAGCCGCUUUCUCCGCACUCCCAUCGGGUGUUAUUGGAUCGCUGAGCAACGGGAACCCACAAGGCGAGACCAAUGGAAAUGCCGAUGCCACUCAGGUCCAGGCCCCAGCCACAUCGACCGAGCCCAAGUCUGGCCCGUCCCCGCCCCCGCGCUCGGCUUCACCCGGAAUCCUGUCUCGUGCUCAAGGCAUGCUCAACGGUCUCUUGGCUCGACCCGCGUCUCCAGCAGCCAAGCUCCCCUCCCCCGACGCCCCGACAACUACAGGUGAAGCUGCUCUCGUGGGCGGCGGAGCCGUGGCCGACACGGCAAACAAACUCGGAGACAGCAUCGCCGCCAACCAAGAUCUCGGAGGCCACGACCCCAAGGGCGUCAAAGAAACCGAACAGGCCAAACUCGAGCGAGAAGCCGCCGGAAAUGUGAUUUCGCCCGAGAGCGCGAAUACAGCGGCCCGGUUCAUGGAUGCUGGAAUCCCGACCCCGGACCCGAAUGAGCCUCCCAAGAACCCGGGCGUUGCAGGCUCUGUGUUCCCGACUGUGCCACACGACGGUAAGAAGAGCAAGGGCAAAUUCGGCUCGACUCUUUCCCCCGAUUUGGACGUCCAAGAAGCUGCAAAGAGGUCCAACCAGGACUUUUCGAUUCCGAUCCCAGCGCUGAUUCUCGAGGCAGAUGCCAAGUCUCAGUCGACUAGCAGCAGCGACAGGCCACAGCCUACGGUAACUAAAGUCUCUGACUCUGGCAUCACGGGAAAGCUUAUGGAUGUCAAGGAUAUCGUUGCUGCUCCCUUUGCAGGUAGCCGCGCUUCCCAGGAAAUGGCCAGGCCGACCGACCUGACAUCUCCCAGCAGCCCAGGAAACAAGAAAUCGCCAUGCGCCAACCCCGAGGGCAUCCGCACGACUGCCAACCCGCACACUGCGCAUACAGGGCUGGCUCCGGCCAGGGAAGACGCCGCGGACCGUCAUGUUGGCGGAACACCCGUGAUCAAGACUACUACCAAUAACAUCAACACCAGCUCCAACGCCAACGCCAACGCCAAUACUGGCAACGUCGGCCCGGCUGUUAUUACCGGUACCGACCCCAAGGAACUCCCCGGGACCGAGCACAAGGGUUCCGGAUCCGCUUCGAGCAUCGGACACAAGGGGACCAGUUCGAGUAUCGGGCACAAGGACCCGUCGAGCGCCAGUACCGAAGGACCCAACUCGAUCGGUAUCCCGAUUCAAGGAAUUAGCAGCCGCGGAGCCGGUCAGGGCCCGAUCUACGCUGCCGAAGAUGGCGGACUCGUCCAGCACCCUCCUUCUGCAGCUGCUGCCUCUUCGUCGUCGCCCCCCGGAAGUCCGAACAAGAGUGUGUCGAGACUGUGGAAUCGGAGUCGCCGGUCAGUCGACGAGGGUACGACCGGGACCAAGUCGACCAAGAGCCGGUAUACCGAGGAACCUUCGAAUGGGUCCGAGUCGGGGUCUACGCCUACCAGUCCGUCGUCUAGUCGCUUCAAGGUUCCGUUGAAGGAUAAGAUCAAAGGUGAAAUCAAGAUUAUUACGGGCAAGGUGUCUAGGAACGAGAGCAGGAUCGAGCAAGGCAUCGCGCUCAAGACUGGUCAAGAUCCUACUAGUCCUAUCCACAAGCACUAG